AUGACUGAUUACUCCUCAUGGAAGGUCGCUGACCUGAAGUCAGAGCUGAAGAAUCGUGGUAUCCCCCAGACUGGCCUCCGCCUCAAGCAACAGAUCAUCGACAAGCUACUGGAGGAGGAUGACAAGUCGCAACCUGAAGGAAAUGGUGUCGCCUCUGAAUCUGAGCCACAGCCUCAAGCUGAAGAAGCACGAGAAUCUGAAGCUGAGCAGGCACCUGUCCCAGAGAUCGCCCCUGCGGCGCAAGAAUCGCAACCUGAACCCACACCCGAAGAACCCCAAGAGAAACCUGCAACACAAGAAGAACCCGCUGAACCCACUCCUACACGCGUCGAAGAGAAGCUUGAGGACGAGGCAGCCACGGAACCUCAAGUAGAUGUUGAGAAGCCGGUUGAGGAGGAGAAAACAAUUGAAGAUGUGGAAAUGAAACAAGCUACGGCGCCUGAGGAAAAGGUUGAAGCGCAACCGGCCGAGGAGGUUCCCGAGGAAGCUGCGGAGCCCACCAAAGAUGCUGAACCUUCAAUGCUGCCCCUUCCCCAGACAUCCGAGGCAAAUACGGGAUUCUCUACCCCUCUUCCCAUUGAAGAGGCGCUGGAGGAUAAACGCAAGCGCAAACGUCGCAGUCAAAGCCCCGUCCCUACACCAGAAGCGAUCGCAAACAAGAAAGCUCGAGCACAGGGAGCUAGCCCCGACGUUCUUAUGGAAGAAGAUCACGAGGUUUCUACUCAGGAGAAAGACACCGUGGAAUCUACCGAGGAGCAGAGUGCACCUGCAGCUAAGCAAGCCCCGUCAGGGCCUCAUAAGGAUGCGCGCUUCCGGGGUCUCUUUGCACCCACCCGCCCAGCUGCGGACAGAAUAUCUCCUCCGCCUCCGGCUGGUGAUGUUACAAUGGAAGACGCAGAAGUCGAGCCAGCCUUGCACCCCGCUACAGCUGCCCUCUACAUUGAUGGAUUGAUGCGCCCAAUGCAGCCACAAGCACUCCGCAACCACCUGGUCAGCCUCGCAACUACACCUGGGUCCGAGCCCGACCCCAGCGUAGUCCAGGACUUCUUCCUCGACUCCAUCAAAACCCACUGCUUCGCAGGAUUCACCGACCUUGCCGCCGCAUCACGAGUCCGCGCCGCCCUACACAAUACUAUAUGGCCCAACGAGCGCAACCGCAAGAUUCUCCGCGCCGACUUCAUCCCUGAAGACCAAAUCAAAGAAUGGAUUCAAACAGAGGAGUCAUCCCGCAACCGUUCUGGCCCGCCUGUCCGCUGGGAAGUGCGCUAUGAGUCCACGGAGGAUGGUAUGCGUGCCAUCCUUGCAGAAUCAGAGGGGGUGAAUCCACGCGCAGCACCGCCGCGAACACGAGAAGCUGGGUUCAAUAGGACUCCACCUCUUGGUCCGCGUGGCAGUGCUACGCAGGCGCAGGCGCAGGUGGAUCGCCGGCAGUCAAAUGCCCCACUUGCACCUCCGUCGCGGCCCGGACAAGGGUUUAAACCUCUGGAUGAGAUUUUCGAAUCUACCACCACGAAACCCAAGCUUUAUUAUAAGCGUGUUGCUCGGAAGGUUGCUGACAAGCGUUUGGAUCAGUUCGAUGAAUUGUUGACCAAGGGAUCGUUCCCGCGUCGUGGGGGUGAUGAGAUGCGUCGCAUUACUUUUGAGGAUGACGAUUAUUUUGUGGAUGUGGGACCGGAAUAUGGCCCUAGAGCUCUGCAGCGACGUCAAGGACGAGGAGGACGGCCUGGAGGUGGUGGUGGUGGACGCCGUCGCGAUAACUAA